GGGCGCCCAUGGAGCCGGGAUUGCCGGCUAGACGAACGGCUAUGGCGCCGCUGUUGGAGUAUGAGAGGCAGCUGGUGCUGGAACUGCUGGACACUGACGGGCUGGUGGUGUGCGCCCGCGGACUCGGCGCAGAUCGGCUCCUCUACCAUUUCCUCCGGCUGCACUGCCAUCCGGCCUGCUUGGUGCUGGUGCUCAACACGCAGCCGGCAGAGGAGGAGUAUUUUAUCAGUCAGCUGAAGAUAGAAGGAGUUGAACACCUCCCUUGCCGAGUAACAAAUGAAAUCGCAAGUAACAAUCGCUAUGAGGUUUACACAAGAGGUGGUGUCAUUUUUGCAACAAGUCGAAUACUCGUGGUUGAUUUCUUAACUGACAGGAUACCUUCGGAUUUAAUAACUGGCAUCUUGGUGUACAGAGCCCACAGGAUGAUCGAGUCUUGUCAGGAGGCAUUCAUCCUGCGCCUCUUCCGCCAGAAAAACAAACGGGGUUUCAUCAAAGCUUUCACAGACAAUGCAGUCGCCUUUGAUACUGGUUUCUGUCACGUGGAAAGAGUGAUGAGAAAUCUUUUUGUGAAGAAGCUCCAUCUGUGGCCAAGGUUCCACGUGUCUGUCCACUCGUUCUUAGAGCAGCACAAACCUGAAGUAGUGGAGAUCCACGUUUCCAUGACCCCUGCCAUGCUCGCCAUUCAGACGGCCAUCCUGGACAUCUUAAAUGCAUGUCUCAAGGAGCUCAAGAGCCAUAACCCGUCUCUUGAAGUGGAAGAUUUGUCUUUAGAAAACGCUAUUGGGAAACCUUUUGACAAGACAAUCCGCCAUUACCUGGACCCCUUGUGGCACCAGCUUGGAGCCAAGACCAAAUCCUUGGUUCAGGAUUUAAAGAUACUGAGAACUUUGCUGCAGUAUCUCUCUCAGUACGACUGUGUCACAUUUCUUAACCUUCUGGAAUCUCUGAGAGCAACGGAAAAGGCUUUUGGUCAGAAUUCAGGUUGGCUCUUUCUUGACUCCAGCACCUCAAUGUUCGUAAAUGCUCGAGCAAGGGUUUAUCAAGUUCCCGAUGCCAAAAUGAGUAAAAAAGGCAAAAUGCCUGAAAAGAUGGAGCUGAAAGAAGGGCAAGAAGCAACAAAGGAACUGGUCCUAGAAAGCAACCCGAAGUGGGAGGCACUCACUGAAGUACUGAAAGAAAUUGAGGCUGAAAAUAAGGAGAGCGAAGCCCUUGGUGGCCCAGGUCAGGUGCUCAUCUGCGCCAGCGACGAGCGCACGUGCGCGCAGCUGAGGGACUACCUCACUGCGGGCGCGGAGGCCUUCUUGCUGAGGCUCUACAGGAAAACCUUUGAGAAGGACAGCAGAGCCGAAGAGGUGUGGCUGCGACUCAGGAAGGAGGACGGUUCCAAGAGAGCUGUGAAGUCCAACAAAAGACCCAAAGAGCCCCAGAGCAAAGAACGGGCCUCCGCCAAAGAAAGGACCCGCAGGAAGAAGAAGCGCAGGUUGACGCUAACGCAGAUGAUCGGACAGGCGGAGGAACCCGAGGAGGCGGCCGAGGCGGAGGAGGGCCGCCGCCGAGAAGGCGGCAGCAGCCCCGAGAGCAGCGCCGGGGAGGUGAAGCACGAGGCCUUCGACGCCAACCUGUCCUCGGACGCUGCCUACGGGAUCCUCAAGGAGCCGCUCACCAUCAUCCACCCGCUGCUGGGCUGCAGCGACCCCUACGCGCUGACCAGGGUGCUGCACGAGGUGGAGCCGCGGUACGUGGUGCUCUACGACGCCGAGCUCACCUUCGUGCGGCAGCUGGAGAUCUACAGGGCCAGCAGGCCCGGGAAACCUCUGAGGGUUUACUUUCUCAUAUAUGGAGGUUCCACAGAAGAGCAGCGCUAUCUCACUGCUUUGAGGAAAGAAAAGGAAGCUUUUGAAAAACUCAUAAGGGAAAAGGCGAGCAUGGUCAUCCCAGAAGAAAGAGAAGGCCGAGAUGACACCAACCUGGACCUAGCAAGAGGCACAGCGUCCACAAAUGCUCCCGCGGACACCCGCAAAGCCGGUGGCCAAGAACAGAAUGGAGUGCCACAAAGCAUAGUCGUGGACGUGCGUGAGUUUCGCAGUGAGCUGCCGUCUCUGAUCCAUCGCCGGGGCAUCGACAUUGAGCCCGUGACCCUGGAGGUUGGCGAUUACAUCCUGACACCAGAGAUGUGCGUGGAGCGCAAGAGCAUCAGUGACCUGAUUGGCUCCUUGAACAACGGCCGCCUCUACAGCCAGUGCAUCUCCAUGUCCCGCUACUACAAGCGCCCGGUGCUGCUGAUCGAGUUCGACCCUAGCAAGCCCUUCUCCCUCACGUCCCGCGGUGCCUUGUUUCAGGAGAUCUCCAGCAACGACAUUAGUUCCAAACUCACUCUCCUUACGCUUCACUUCCCAAGGCUGCGGCUUCUGUGGUGCCCCUCCCCUCAUGCGACUGCGGAGUUGUUUGAGGAACUGAAACAAAAUAAGCCGCAACCCGAUGCGGCCACGGCCCUGGCCAUCACAGCAGAUUCCGAAACCCUCCCCGAGUCGGAGAAGUAUAACCCUGGUCCCCAAGACUUCUUGUUAAAAAUGCCAGGAGUGAAUGCCAAAAACUGUCGCUCCUUGAUGAACCACGUUAAGAACAUCGCAGAAUUAGCAACCCUGUCACUAGACAAGCUCACAGGCAUCCUGGGUCACGCUGCGAACGCCAAGCAGCUUUAUGACUUCAUUCACACCGCUUACGCGGAAGUCGUGUCUAAAGGCAAGGCAAAAAAGUGAGCAGCGGCAGCAUCUUGUCACCCCGGGACUGGCCCGGCCGCCCUUGCCAGCCACACUGGGUGGUCAUUAAUCAUCUGCUCAGCGAUUCCUUCUUUCCCAGUGCUGUUAAUGGUUGUGUGUUCUGUCUCCAAGGUCGGUGCACCAGAAGCCAAGCUUCCUCUGCACGUUGGGCUUAGGUGUCUUUCUAACUGUCCCUUGCCCGUCUCUUUCCCCCGCUGCACAGUCCAGGUCAGGCCGAGUAUAUUCCACCUCUCCAUGAGGAGUGUCAGGACCAGGCAGAGGUUCUGCUAGCGUUUGUAGAAGGCCAUUUGGAAGCAAGCAGGCCUCUGUGUCUCGUGCACACAGUCGUGUUCUUACCUGCCGUCUACACGGGGCCCUCUGCGACCCUGAGAAGGAGCAUCUCUGCCAUUCCCAACCAGUUCUUUCCACCACAUUUUCUUCAGCUUCAUACUUCUUGGGGACUUCCUAUUACUGCUCAUUUAAGACAGUCACCUCUAAAGCUGGCUGACUGGUCCCCUAAUCACCCAAAUAUAUGUAGCACCUGCUGUAACUUGGUUAUUCAAAACCAGUAUUUUUAAGACAUAAAUGAAUUACCUGUUUACAGAAUUGAGUGGCAUAGGUGAAGGAGCCCUUAGAAUUCUCAGUUCUUGCACCUGUUCAACCUCCUAAAUCCCAAAGAUCUCCAAGCCCAAACGAAUACUCACAGAGUCUUGUAAAGACUCCCACUCUUCCCACAUCCCUUCGCUAGUCUAAGAAGCUCACAGCACGUCCUCCUGAAACACACGGUCCUCUGAUUGCCCCUCCUCCCACUCCCGUAUGAGGGUGUCUCCUUCCUUCCCUGGGUGAGCUCUCAAACACAAGCACAUGAGCGACCCUCGGAGCUCUUAAGACUUGGUUUUCUUUCCUGUUGAGAUAAGAGGAUUGUAGAUAAACGGAAGAUCAAAGCAUAGAACAUAUAAAGCUCAAAUGAAAUGUAUAAAGAGACCAAUCUCAUUCUAAAUCUCCUCCUGAUUGACUUAGGUCUACUUUUUACAGAAGUGUGCAUGCAAGGUCUCCAUAGCAUCUCUGCUGUUUUUAAACUUUGAUAUUUAAACAUUAUCAACUUAGCUAUUAUUCACUGUUUAGUCAUGAGCAGCUGGUUUUCUAUCUCAAGAGCUGCUGUAGGCAUCAGUUCCGCUGCCCAUGUCAUCGGGUUUAACAUUUGAUCAGUGUUAGCUCCGUCCUAGUUGGUCAUGGUGAACCAAGACAGUGGACCUUAUAACAGAAACGUGUCUUCUCUCUUAACAAAAGCAUUUACUGAACCUCUUAUAUUGGCAUCUUGAUUCCUUGGUACUUAAAAGUACCUCUGUCCCUCAUUGUCCAUGGAGACUUGGUUCCAGUACCCUCCUGUGGUACCAGAUCUGUGGAUGCUCACAUCCCUCCUACAAAACAGUGUACAACCUGUGCACAUCCUGUGUGUAUUUUAAACCAUCUCUAGAUUAUCUAAAAUAUUGAAUACAAUGUAAAUGCUGGGUAAGUAGUUGUUAGACUGUUUUGUUUAGAGAAUAAUGACAAGGGGGAAAAAAGUCUAUAUGCAUUCAGUACAAAUGCAGUUCUGUUUUGGUUUUUUCCCAGAACUUUUUCAAUCCUCAGUUAAAUCCACGGAUGCAGAACCCUUGGUGCAGAAUGUGGGUUUUGAACUCCAUACAGGGUACUUCAGGAAAGAAUUGAGGGGUAUAUCAAGAGCCAGUUUGAUUACCAUAGGACUCUGUAAGGUGGUGUGGAGAAGAGAAAGGAAACAGGUGAAAUAAAGAUUCGAGCAACUAAUUUUGUCCCAGUGAUAAAAAUGUACCCUCCAGGGUAGGGAACAAACCCAUUGAAUGAUUACAACAUUAGUGCUAGCAUUCAUUUCUGUAUUUAUUAUUCUAUGGAAGAGUUCAAGCAGAGUGUAUUGUCCUUUAAAACAGACAUACCACUUCACAUGAUAAUGGUUAUUAUCCAUGAAGUGCAAGGCUUCACCCUAUUUUGCACUUCAGCUUGGAGUAUAUAAUUCCACCUGCCUUUUAUUGUUGUUUCAUGACCUAAAACAAAAAUCUUAACAGCAUGUUCCAUGAUGGGGGGUUUCAUUCCAAGUUAAGUGUUCAAAACUAAACUCUUCUGAGAGCUACCACAUUAAGCAAUCCUUGUCAUCUAAUACAACAUGGGUAACAGUCUCAACUGUAUUUAUUUCCAGUGUCCCUCAGCUCUCAAAAUCUGCUGUCUGCUGUUGUACCUGUGGGACAUGAAGACAGGUGCAUCGUCUCACGUAUGUUUGAAUUUUGACCAGUAAUUUCUAAUGAACUUUAAAUGGUCAUUAUAGGUGAAGGACUCUCCAUGUUACUCACCCAACUAAAUAAGUGUAUUUUAAUAUAUUUCCAGUUGUGGAAAACUUUCAAAACAUCCAUCAAAUAUUUACUUUUCUCAAAUUUUUUUUUAUAAAUUUUUACAAAGAAUCUUUGAUAAAGGAGCUAGCGAUGCAUGCCAUUGCAAAACUAAAGUAUUACUUUAUUUUCUAGCAGCAUUUUACUACUUUUGCCCUUUUCCUUCAAACUAGCAAACAUCCAAUAUACUGAUGAAUUCAUGCAUAGGUUGUUCAAAACCUUUUUUAAAAGCCAGAUCAUCUUCAUUGUUCUAUUUUAAAAAUUUGAACACAUGAAAUAUUGUGAGAAGUCAUUUUGAGUUUUCUUUGUUUAAAUCAUAGUACAUCUCUUUGAUUUUCCUUAAAAUUAUAUGGGAAGAAAUCAUUUUUCAUAGUGACCAUAAAUAUUGUCCUUUAGGUAGAAAGUCAGUUUAUUAAGUCUGAGGCUUAGUAGAUGGGGUGUCUACUAAGAAUGCAGUUUCCCGGCUCAGGAGGACCUGAAGAUAAUUGUCUCAUCCACCAAUUCAUCAGGACAUGAAGGGGUAAAUCCAGGUUUGGUGGUGGUGGGUAACACAGGAGUCACCAGGGGGCCUUCAGUAGGAAAACCUUCCCUGAAGCAAAUCUGGAGAAGUGGCUGGGGGAGGGAGACAGGCAUUAUUGUCCUUUGCUCUUGUUUUUCAAGCACAAUUUGAUUUUUUUUUUUUUUUUUUUGCUCAGAGAACUUUAGGGAAAUUCUCCUUUGUCUUCAGUUUAACCUAGAAGUGGACCCUGAAAAACCAACAUGUUAGGAAAAUUCUUUUCUCAGCCUCAAGUAGAUUCAAAUGUAACCAGGCUUCGAAAUGAGUUGUCACUGGGCUGUAUUUGCUUCAUAGCUAUUUCCUGUCCGAUCCUGAACUUCAGCACUUCAUGACCCACCUUUUUAGCAGCCUUUACCACUGUACAAGUGUUUUUUAAUUUAUGGUUGUGUAAGUCAGUAUCUUGAUGGGAGGGAGGUGAAACUGAAAUAUAUCUGUCACUGAGGGGUGUGUGUGUGUGUGUGUAUGUGUGUGUGUGACAAAAUGUAUAUUUAUUCAACAUUCUUCUUGGUCAGUAUCUUACAGACAAAGCAAAAAUAAUGUGUAGUGAAAGGGCAUAUAUUGCCAGCAACAUGUUAGUAAAUAUUUAAAAGUCAGAGGAUCUUUUCUUUUUCAUUACUCAAAAUAAAUGAUUAAAGCUGAACAUUGGUGAACUGCUCACUGCCUCUGCUGUUUGACUUGCUGGUGAUCCACUUUCUACGCCAUCAAUAUACUUUUCUAUGGGUUAUUUUUCCCCCUUCCUGCUUUUCAUUCUGCUGCAAUCUCCUAAACCAAGGCAAGGAGGAAGUAUUCUCCUUUUGAAAAUACUCGAUUCUUUGGUGUGCAGUGAUUGCGCAGUAAACACGUUUCUGGGACAUCUUAAGGAAGGUUAAUUUCCUGCCACACCCGCCCACAUAGAUAGUUGUUCCUUUGACAUCAAAAUUGGAAGAGAAUUGUCCCUUUGACACACCUGGAGUUCAUUGUGAUUUUUUUAAGCAAGUUUAAUUAUUAGUUU